AUGUGGGAGGAGAGGUGGGAACGACCACGUGAUGAGGAGGACUUGCAACAAGCGUUGCAGCAUCUGGAAACUGCUGCUACGUUUACAGAAGCGGUGGAAAGUGGCCUCUUACUUGCAAGUGCUGCGUGUCUUCGCUUCAAGAUCGAUCCGGGUGUGCUCAAGUGCAUCCUGGAGAUACCAGUGGAUCAACUCCGGUCUACACCCGUGUCAUUUUCGUCGGUUUCCCACAAGAAGUUUCGCUUCAUCGAUGCUCGCAGUCUAGCCACUGAGACUAGUCUUCGCGUCUUGGAGUUUGACGCGCUCCCUCGGCACCGAUAUGUUGCGCUCUCAUACAUAUGGCGAGGCUCCUAUAUCGAAGGCGCUGAAGCCCCAAGACUAGGUACCAUGACGAUCGAUGGCGCGACUGGAGCAGAUCCAGUAUCUAUUGAUGUCCUUGUUACCGUCUGCAAGUGCAUCAUAUCAGCUAGCCUCGAAUGCGAUCUGCUAUGGAUAGAUGGUGUUUGCAUCAUUCAAAAUGACGACGAGGACAAGAGCUGGCAGAUCCAAAAUAUGUUCGAUAUUUACGAAUACUGCAAGCAAUGCCUCAUCUUACCGGGUGGUUUGUCGAGGCUCGUGCCACUCACCGAACCCACCUCCUGGAUCCAUAGGGCGUGGACUCUUCAAGAAGCUGUCGCACCAGAGGACUGCAUGUGCCUGUUUGCUUGGGACAGGGGUGACGCUAUCUUGCAAUCCCACUUCGGUAUUAGCGUUUUGGAAGUCGAACCCGGCAAAUCUGCGCGCUCUGAUCUACGAAGCCUCCUCAUGAUAUCUUUGCGUGGCUCGGUCGAUAUACUCACCCCUCCUAGUUUCUCACGGAAAAACGCACCUCAAGUGGAAGUCAAAAUCAUAGCCGAUAAGAGCGAGCAUAGCCAGGCCAUGGCUCUGCUUGGUGCCAUCGACCAUCGAGGCAGAGAAGGCAUGGAUAACGCCGUUUGGCGCUCCUCUCUUACACGUGUUGCUUCACGCGCAGCAGAUGCUGUCUUUAGCAUUAUGGGUCUCCUCGACGUCAAUCUCAACCCGCUAGACUACGACCCUGAGGAUCGCAAAACACCAACCAUUGCACUAAUGAAGGCCAUUCUAAAGGCAGGGAAGAGUGCAGAGUGGCUGGGCAUAGCGCCGAGCAUGGAGAUCAACGCAGAGAUCCCUACCUUGCCAGUAUUUUCCAAGGUGGGACCCCGUGGAAGCGCUCUCAUCCCAACGGCAAGAGGCGACAAGCCUAUCUCGGAUAUCAUGGUCGACCCGUGGUGGCACCUCAAGGGUGCACCCCGAGGCGAAAUGAGAGACGAUGGCUCCCUAACUAUACAUGUGAAAACACUACCCAUACGACAAGUUCGACAGAGCCAUACAGAUUUCGAAAUACAACCGGAGGUAUAUCCGUCGUGGAAUAGAGGACCGUUGGGUACCGAGGUUUGGUAUACUUCGCCGACUGAGUGCGACCCACCAUUCAUUCUACAACUUGGUCGCAUGGAGAGGUAUUUGAACGGCGUUGCACCGAUGGUGCAGACGACACGCCCUUAUCUAGUUAUGCUAGUUGAUAAGGCAGGGCUGGGGACAGUGCGGAAUCUUGGCUAUGCGGAUGUAAGUCAAGACAUCAUUGACUUGGAUGGUUGGGCUGAGCAAAACAUUGUAAUCACGGCAGCGAUGACGCAAGAAAGAUGA